AUGACUAGCGCUGCUGGUACCGUCACCAUGGUUACCAUGGGUAAAAUGCACGGUUUAAGAUAUACCGUAUAUCUUAAACCGUGGUAUUUGUCAAUAAGUCUGUUUCAAAGAACUUUAUUGAAUGGAGAAUUAGGCAAUCGUGAGUACUUGAGUUACUCAGUAACUACAGGAUCAGUAUAUUGUGUACCUUGUCGUUUGUUUGGUAAUCAAGUGCCAAUUGCCCAAGAAGGAUGGUCAGAUUGGAAACAUCCUGAAAGAGUUACUGAUCAUGAAAAUACUAAUGAUCAUAAAAAUUGUGUAUUGACUAUGAUUGAGAGGAAUCGUAAACAAGGAAAAAUUGACGAUGAACUUAUUGCUAGUUUAGAGUUUGAAAAAAAAUAUUGGCGAAAUGUGUUAACUAGAGUUGUUGCAAUUAUAGUAUCAUUGACAUCUAGAGGAUUGCCAAUGAGAGGACAUAAUGAAUGCUUUGGAUCACUACAUAACGGAAAUUUCAUGAGAGAAUUAGAGCUUAUUGCUCAGUUUGAUCCUUUUUUAUCAAAACAUAUAGCACAGUAUGGAAAUUCCGGAAGAGGUAAAGUUUCUUAUCUUUCAUCUACUACUUAUUAUGAAGUUAUACAUAUCAUGAAGAACAAAAUAAUGAAAACAAUAAUUAAUGAAGUUAUAGAUGCUAAGUAUUUUUCAAUUGUUGUAGAUUCUACACCUGACAUAAGUCAUACCGACCAAUUAUCUUUGAUAUAUAGAUAUGUUUUAAAUGGAACUCCUGUGGAAAGAUUCAUACAAUUUAUUCCUAACACUGGACAUAAAAGCAAAGAAAUUGCUGAUACGGUACUUAAUGCAGUACAUGAACAUGGGUUAGAUAUUAAAAACUGUAGAGGACAAUCAUACGACAAUGCCUCUAACAUGUCAGGCAAAUACAGUGGUUUGCAAGCAAGAAUUAAAGAAGUUUCUCCUUUGGCAGAAUACGCACCUUGCUCUGCUCACUCCUUAAACCUGGUUGGUGAGUGUGCUGCUGAUAGUUCUCAAGAAUCCACAGCAUUUUUUUGUCUUAUGCAAAAUAUCUAUGUAUUUUUCUCUUCUUCUACUAGUCGUUGGGCAACUUUUAUAUCUCACACAUCAACAAAUGUCACACUUAAAAGAAAAUCGGAUACUCGUUGGUCUGCUAGAUAUGAUAUGUGUUUCAGCCUUUUAAAAAAUUGGGAUUCUAUAAUAACAUCUCUUAUCAACAUUAGAGAUUCUGCAUCUGAAAAAGCUAUAACCAAAAAUGAAGCAAAAGGACUUUAUCUGCAUUUAAUUAAAUUGGAAACUGCAAUUUUAGUUUUAUUCUGGAGUGAUGUACUUGAACGAUUUAACCUUAUAAACAAGAAACUUCAAUCCAUUUCAAUAGAUUUAAUAACUGUGUCAAAUUUAUAUAGUUCUUUGAUUAAUUAUGUUAAACAAUUGAGAAGUACAAAUAUGUUUGAACAAUAUGAAAAAAAAGCUUUAUUAUUAUCAAAUGUUAAAGAGUAUGAUGAAAGUAGAAAAAAGAAAAGAAAACUUGCUCAUGAUGAAACAAGCAAAAAUAAAAUAUUUCAAGAUUCCAGAACUAAAUUUCGAGUAAAUACUUAUAUUGAAAUUGUUGAUCGCUUAACAUCUGUAUUAGAAAGAAGAAAAAUUGCAUACGAUGAAAUAAAUAAUAAUUUUGGGUUUUUAUUUAACUUAACUAAAUCAAGUUCUGUUGAACUGAUAAAUUGUGCUAAUUAUCUACAUAAAAAGUAUACAAAUGACCUACCUAGUUCUUUUGCAAAUGAAUGUCUCCAUUUUAAAGGCUAUUUAAUAUCUAAAUCAAAAACUGAACCCAUGACUAUACUUGAAAUGCAACAAUUUAUUAUUGAAAAUAAAGUUCAAGAGGUUUUUCCAUACAUAGAAAUUGCAACCAGAAUGUUCUUGAGUAUUCCAGCAAGUAACUGUUCUGCAGAAAGGUCAUUUUCUGCAUUAAAACGCAUUAAAAACUAUUUGAGAUCCAAAUUAAAUGAAGAGUUGCUAAAUGAUUACGCCAUAUUACAUAUUGAAGCAGAGCUCGUAAAAAACAUCGAAUUUGAUGAAGUAAUUGACAAGUUUGCUUCAACAAAAGCCAGAAAAAAAUUAAUCUAG